CAACUGAUCUGUGUUUAUCCUUCCCAUGUGAGAAUGGAGGAGUCUGCAAUAACUUUCAGACAAGUUACAUCUGUACAUGCAGUGCAGGCUGGGAAGGGACUCAUUGUGAACAAGCAAUUGAUCUGUGUUUACCAUCCCCAUGUGAGAAUGGUGGAGUCUGCAAUAACUUUCUGACAAGUUACAACUGUACAUGCAGUGCAGGCUGGGAAGGGACUCAUUGUGAACAAGCAAUUGAUCUGUGUUUACCAUCCCCAUGUGAGAAUGGUGGAGUCUGCAAUAACUUUCUGACACGUUACAACUGUACAUGCAGUGCAGGCUGGGAAGGGACUCAUUGUGAACAAGCAAUUGAUCUGUGUUUAUCAACCCCAUGUGAGAAUGGAGGAGUCUGCAAUAACUUUCAGACAAGCUACAGCUGUACAUGUAGUGCAGGCUGGGAAGGGACACACUGUGAACAAGCAAUUGAUCUGUGUUUAUCCACCCCAUGUGAGAAUCGAGGAGUCUGCAAUAACUUUCUGACAAGUUACAACUGUACAUGUAGUGCAGGCUGGGAAGGGACUCAUUGUGAACAAGCAAUUGAUCUGUGUUUAUCCACCCCAUGUGAGAAUGGAGGAGUCUGCAAUAACUUUCAGACAAGCUACAGCUGUACAUGUAGUGCAGGCUGGGAAGGGACACACUGUGAACAAGCAAUUGAUCUUUGUUUAUCCACCCCAUGUGAGAAUCGAGGAGUCUGCAAUAACUUUCUGACAAGUUACAACUGUACAUGUAGUGCAGGCUGGGAAGGGACUCAUUGUGAACAAGCAAUUGAUCUGUGUUUAUCCACCCCAUGUGAGAAUGGAGGAGUCUGCAAUAACUUUCAGACAAGUUACAACUGUACAUGCAGUGCAGGCUGGGAAGGGACACACUAUGGUGGAGUCUGCAAUAACUUUCAGACAAGUUACAACUGUACAUGCAGUGCAGGCUGGGAAGGGACUCAUUGUGAACAAGCAAUUGAUCUGUGUUUACCAUCCCCAUGUGAGAAUGGUGGAGUCUGCAAUAACUUUCAGACAAGUUACAACUGUACAUGCAGUGCAGGUUGGGAAGGGACUCAUUGUGAACAAGCAAUUGAUCUGUGUUUAUCCUUCUCAUGUGAGAAUGGAGGAGUCUGCAAUAACUUUCAGACAAGUUACAACUGUACAUGCAGUGCAGGCUGGGAAGGGACUCAUUGUGAACAAGUGGUUGAUCUUUGUUUAUCCACCCCAUGUGAGAAUGGAGGAGUCUGCAAUAACUUUCAGACAAGUUACAACUGUACAUGUAAUGCAGGCUGGGAAGGGACACACUGUGAACAAGCAAUUGAUCUGUGUUUAUCCACCCCAUGUGAGAAUGGAGGAGUCUGCAAUAACUUUCAGACAAGCUACAGCUGUACAUGUAGUGCAGGCUGGGAAGGGACACACUGUGAACAAGCAAUUGAUCUGUGUUUAUCCACCCCAUGUGAGAAUGGAGGAGUCUGCAAUAACUUUCAGACAAGCUACAGCUGUACAUGUAGUGCAGGCUGGGAAGGGACACACUGUGAACAAGCAAUUGAUCUGUGUUUAUCCUCCCCAUGUGAGAAUGGAGGAGUCUGCAAUAACUUUCAGACAAGUUACAACUGUACAUGCAGUGCAGGCUGGGAAGGGAAUCAUUGUGAACAAGCUGGUGAUUUAUGCCAUUCCACUCCAUGUCAGAAUGGAGCAACUUGUACAGACUUAGAAACUUCAUACACCUGCGCAUGUACACCUGGAUGGCUUGGAAGUCAUUGUGAUCAAG